AUGUACACGCACAUGUAUCUCCAACCGUGCACAGAUACAUGCGAUGUCAACAUGCCAAGGUUCCAGUACACCAUCUUCUGCGGCCUCUCCGACCUCUGGUUCGCGCACCAGGCUUUGCUCAGGAAGGGAAUGGGGCAGUCGAAGGCGGUCACCGGUGAGGAGGCCAGCAACUACGAGUACGGCUUCCUCGGUGCGCGCAACAACAUGCUCAUGUCGCAUCUACAGCGAGCUCAACUCGAGAAGGUCUUCUUGCAUCAACGACCACAUGGCAGAGGGGCAGAGGUGGUCAAACUGGCAAACUACGCGGAGCCAAAGCUGCGAAAGGCCAGAAAUGCCGGCAAAGCCGGCAAAGCGCAAGUGCCGGAGGCGUGGCUCCUUUCUGGGUCCGUGGCUGCUGCCGCCCGUGCGGAGCGCUGGCAGGAGGCCCUGGCCUUGUCACAGUUCGAGGAGGCCGUGGCUGGGGACCUGGAGCCCAGCACCGUCACGUGCACCACCGCCAUCGGCGCCUGCCGCGCGGUUCGUGCCAGGGGCAAGAACUGGGAGCUUGCUUUGGCCUACCUCUCAGCGCUUCGGUGCGCCGGCCUGGAGGCGAAUGAGGUCUCCUACAACACAACCAUCAGCGCUUGCGAGAAGAGCGGGCGCUGGGAGCAGGCUCUGGCCUUGUUUGCCGAGGCGCGCGAGGCAGGAGUGCGGAAGGAUGCGAUCACCUUCAAUGCGGCCAUCAGUGCCUGCGGCAAGUGCGGGCAGUGGCAGCCCGCCCUCGUGCUGCUACGGGAGCUGGAGGAGGCCCACCUGGAGAGGACCACCAUUGCAUACAAUGCCGCCAUCAGCGCUUGUGGGCGAGGCCAAGCGUGGACCUGGGCCGUAGUUCUGCUGGCGGAGCUCCAGGGCAGCCGGAUGCAAGCCUCCGAAGCCACCUACACUGCGGCCAUCACUGCUUGCGAGCACGGUGGGUGGCAGCAGGCCCUGGCAGCUUUCGAGGCGCUCCGGAGCGAGGCGCGGCUGCUGCCUGGCGCGGCCGUGGCAGCGGCUGCGCGGGCGGAGCAAUGGGAGGAGGCCCUCCUCGUGUUCGAGGACGGUCUCGGCUGCGCCCUGCUGCCGAACCUCAUUUCCUACACUGCCGCCGUCGCCGCCUGCGAGAGGGGCAAGAACUGGGAGCUUGCCUUGGCCUACCUCGUAUCGCUGCGGCACGCUGGCUUGGAGGCGAACGAAGUUACCUACAAUGCGGCCAUCAGCGCCUGCGAGAAGGGUGAGCACUGGGAGCAGGCCCUGGCACUUUUUGCAGAGGUGCGGCAAGCACAGCUGCGCAAGGAUGUGAUCACCUUCAACGCCACCAUCAGCGCCUGUGAGAAGUGCGGGCAGUGGCAGCCCGCCUUGCAGCUGCUGCAGGACCUGGAGGAGGCCCGCUUGGAGAAGGACACCAUCGGCUACAACGCUGCCCUGAGCGCGUGUGGACGAGGCGAGGCGUGGGAGCAGGCGGUGGCCCUGUUGGCAGAACUCCAGGCCGGCCGGGUGCCUGCAUCUGAAGUGACCUACAAUGCGGCCAUCACUGCCUGCGAACGUGGCGGGGAGUGGCAGCAGGCCCUGGCGGCCUUUGCCACCCUUCGAGCCGAGGCCCUCCAGCCAACGGCUGUCAGCUAUGGGGCAGUUGCCAGCGCGUUGGAGGUGGGCAAAGAGUGGCAACGGGCGUUGGCACUGUUGCAAGAGUUCCGGGCGAGCGGCCUUGAGCUGGCGCGGCGGCCCUUCCGCGCCGCCCUGGGCGCCUGUGAAAAGGGCGAGCAGUGGACGCAGGCACUGGAGUUGCUGCGCCAGCUUGGGGAGCUUCAGCUCACCGGCAGCGUGAUCACCCACAACGCCGCCAUCAGUGCCUGCGGGAAGUGCAGCCGCUGGCCGGUGGCCCUUUGCCUGCUGGAGGAGCUGCGCGACUGCAGCUUGGAGGCCACGGAGGUCACAUAUGGCGCAGUGGUAAGUGCCUGCGAGAAGGGCGGCCAAUGGGAGUGUGCAUUGCAGCUGCUGCGGGAGCUCGAGGAGGGCCAUUGCCGGAAGAGUGCGAUCACCUACAACGCGGCCAUCAGCGCUUGCGACCGCUGUGGGCACUGGGAGCAUGCUGUCCUCCUCCUUGCUGGCUUCUCCGAGAGGCACCUGGAGCAUUCGGUGGCCAGCUUCAAUGUCGCCAUUUCCGCUUGCGCCCGGGGUGGGCAGUGGCAGCGUGCACUGGAGCUGCUGCGGAGGAUCACAAGGUGCGGUCUCGAACGCACAUCUAUCUCCUACGGAGCAGCGAUCACGGCCCUCGACACGAGGAGGCGGUGGCGGCGGGCUGUGGCCCUCUUCGAGGAGUGCCAGCAAGAGGUGCGGGCGAGUGUCAUCGCGCGUAACGCGGCCAUCAGCGCCUGCGAGAAGGGCUCGCACUGGCAGGGGGCCUUGGAGCUGCUCCGGCAGGCCGAGGAGGGGACGCUUGAAGCCAACGUGGUUACCUACAACUCGGCCUGCAGCGCGCUGGAGAAAGCGCUGCGCUGGCGCGAGGCCCUGCAGCUCCUGGCCCAGCUGCGGGCUCGCGGGCUGGAGGCCACUCUCAUCAGCUUCUGUGCCUGCAUCGGCGCUUGCGCGCGGGGGUGGAGCUGGCAGGGCGCCCUGGCGCUGCUCUCGGAGCUGCGUGGGGAGGAGGAGGUGCUGGGGGAUGACACCACCGCCUUCGUGGCAGCCAUUGGGGCAUGUGAGCAGCGCCAGCUGCACGGUCAGACGCAGCUCGUGCUGGCCCAGCUGCAAGACUUCUUGCUGAGCUGGGUCGAUGGAUGA